UGAAGAGGACACCUGUAGGAAAGGAGGCCACACACCAUCAGUUUGCUGAUGUAGUGAAGAAAUGGUUGCGGUUUGCCCCUUUCCGACAAAGAGGAAGUGGACGAAGACCGCAUUGGAAACCUGUUGAGUUCAUCUGUCCCAAAUAUGACAGUACUGUGGAAGAUCAUAACCAGCUUAACCAUAACCAGCUGGAUUCUGGUGAGAUUCAGAGACGUUCCCAGCUGGAACACGUGACGUGAACAUGACACGUGCACAUCAACUUUUGUUCUCCUCCUGGAGUUUGUUUUUGCCGGGAGAGGUCGCAUGCUUUAACACAGCUAUGAGUCUUUCAUGCGAAGUACAAGGAAACAACCUCGACUCGGUCAUGUAGGAACAUCUAAAACUGUUAACAGCAACUGAGGCUUUGGAGAAACAUCAUCCAGCUCUUAUAAAUGCUUAACUGCGCUUUUGCUAGCGGGUGUUUUGGUUUCGACCCGUCGAGAGACCCAGCCUGACACAGAAGAGCUGUAUACACCCAACCAUGUCUACAGAGAGGAUGAUGCAGUCCUGUCUCAUGGACCGGAGCAGCAGCUUUUUUAAGCUGAUUGACACGUUCUCCACGGAGAUCUCAGAGCUAAAGCAGGAGAUGGUUCAGCCAGCCAGAGAGCCAGAGACAGAGAUCUUACAGGGUCUGGAAGGAGAGGUCAGUGGUCUUUUCCUUCAAUCUUCUGCCUGCGCUGGUGCACCUGGAGUGAGGGAUUCUGGGUAUGACUCUCUACGCAGACGCAUGAGCAUCCUGGACAGACUGAUGCAGACACACUCUGUAUGGUUGCUACUGUCACUCAGCGAUGAGGAAGCCAGACGCAUUCUGCAGCCGCAGCCGGCAGGGAGUUUUGUGGUGAGGAGGUGUUAUAAACUGCAGAAAAAGGUGAUUUCCCUACGUAUGGACAGUGACACACUGAUUGUUCAGGACUUCCCAGUUAAAGAGAGUCAAUAUACUUUUUCCCUGGAGGGCUCAGGGAUCAGCUUUGCAGACCUCUUUCGACUGGUGGCGUUCUGCUGUAUCAGCAGGGACGUUCUGCCCUUCACACUGAAGCUGCCUGAGGCCAUCGCAGCUGCAAAGACCCCUAAAGAUCUGGAGGAGGUGGCUCAGUUAGGAAGAGGUUUCUGGAACUCUGAACUGUGCAAUAAGAGGAAGUCUUCUGUGUCUGGGGAGACUGUUUGUGAAAUUUCACAACAAAGACUGAAACAGUGGUUAUCCCCAAGAGUUCCGGCCAUCCCAUUCACUCGGACCCCUUCUGAACUUGAAUGCAGUCAAUCCAACGGAGCACUGUGUUUCAUCAAUCCUCUGUUCCUGCAGACACACCAAACCAACCCUUCACCUAAAAAGCAAGAAUCAUCCCCGGGAAACACAAAUCGGCAGAACGGGGAAGACAGCGUCUUUUGCCGUGCAAAAAGCACACAAAACAAAUCACACGCAAGUGUGAGCAGAUCCAAUAGCAAGAGAUCACCACCACCUCGGCCCCCACCUCCCCGCUUUGCCUCUGGCAGAUCAGCAGUUCUUCGCAAACAGAAGACCAUGCCUGAGACGGUCUGUUGGAUCAAAACGCCUCAGGAAAAGAGCAGCCUGCUGGGGAGGUUGGGAUCAUCCUUCAGUUCCUUAUCGCCCUCAUCCUCCCCACCCAAAAAGUUCAGUAAACCCAUCCUGGUGCCCUCAUCCCGCAGUAAUAAUUCCUCUGGUCUGCUUGAUGCCGAUGGCCUCCGCUGCCACAUGGCCCUGGAUGACCAGACCAUUGAGGAAGCUGUGUCUUGGAGCCUGGCCAAGCUGUCCUCACGCAACUCCACCACCCUGGAGAACGGUAGCCCCACGGAUGAGCGCUGCUCCAGCGGACGAGAGCGUCUGAGUGACAUCAGCAUCUCCACCUCGUCCUCAGACUCCCUCGACUUCACCCACAGCUUCUCACUGCCCAUGGAGACCAGUCCUUCCAGAACCGAGCGGCCCACUGGUGACAGCAGCCUGGAGGAGGAAGAAGACGAUGGAAUCAACUUGGAGAGCGACCAGGAGGUGCCACCACCCUUCAAGUCAAAGAAGCAGAAUGGCACUGGUACGUUUGUGCUACCGCGUGCACUGAGAGGACAUUUGCGCAAGAUGAGUGGCGUUCUCAAUUCUCUGAUGACACCCGAGAAGAGAGCCAUUCGGAAGAUUGUCGAGCAAUCCAGGGAUAAAGGGACUUACUUUGGCUGCCUGGUGCAGGACUACGUGAGCUUCCUGCAGGAGAACUGCAGCUGCCACACAUCAGGCUUAGACCUGCUGCAGACUCUCAGGCAGUUCAUGACUCAGAUGAAGUCCUACCUGCUGCAGAGCUCAGAGCUUGACCCACCAAUUGAGUCCCUUAUCCCAGAGGAUCAAAUAGAUCAGGUGAUGGAGAAAGCCAUGUACAAGUGUGUGCUGAAGCCCCUAAAGCCUGUGAUAGAGGCCGCCUUGCGGGACUUCCAGGUGAGCAGUGGGACUUGGCAGCAGCUGAAAGAGAAUCUGGUUUUGGCCAAAGCCAAGCAGCCCCAGGAGAUGGGUGUGGAUGGAGCUCUGCCCCCUGACCCUGUUGCCAUAGAGAAGAUUCGCCACAAGUUCCACAACAUGUGCAAGAUGUACUCACCUGAGAAGAAAGUGUCUCUGCUUCUCAGUGUGUGCAAGCUUAUCUACACCAUAAUGGAGAGCAACUCAGGGAGGAUGUAUGGGGCAGAUGACUUCCUGCCCAUGCUGACGUAUGUGAUGGCCCAGUGUGACAUGCCACAGCUGGACGCUGAAAUAGAGUACAUGAUGGAGUUACUGGACCCAUCACUGCUUCAUGGAGAAGGAGGCUAUUACCUGACCAGUGCAUAUGGGGCAAUGUCUCUAAUCAAGAACUUCCAGGAGGACCAGGCAGCUCGUGUGCUGAGCUCUGAAACCCGUAACACGCUGCACCAGUGGCACCGCAGACGCACAACCCAGCGUACCACACCAUCUGUGGAUGAUUUCCAGAACUACUUGCGGGUUGCGCUGCAAGAUGCAAGCAGUGGCUGCACAGCCAAAACCCUUCAGGUGCAACCUUACUCCACAACGGAGGAUGUGUGUCAGAAAUGCGCAGACAAGCUUAAAAUUUCGGACCCGGAGAACUACGCCCUUUUCCUCUUGACGGAUGAAACCACACAGCAGCUGGCCCCGGACACUCACCCGCAGAGGAUCAAGGCCGAACUGCACAGCCGCCCGCAGCCACAACUCUUCUUCUUUGUGUACCGCCAAAUCCAAAACCUCACUGUCCCUUCAGACCAACUCAACGACAACACUGCACCCAACUGAGAGAGCAAACCUGGUUUCCAUUGGGUCCUCUCGAAACUCCUUCUCAGCCACAUUUAUUCAUCUCCUUCCUUAGGAACACUGCUAACGUCUGCAUUGUUUUGAAAAAGGGAGGGAUGCGGAAAAUGUGCUUAGAGGGAAAUAGGGAAGGAAGGAUGUGUCUGACAGAUGCAGCGUUUUUUAUGCUCCGUCUUCACUAUUUUCAAAACGUUUUGGGAAGUGGCACGAGACCAUCACGAGAGAAUAGCUGUACCCAAACUGCAAAUGUUACAGUAUGCCUGUUUAUUUCUUUAUGAAUGUUCAAACACAUUCAGGUUAGCAGAGAAACAGCAGCAUUUUAGUAUUUAUGGGUAGGCUUUGCACGUUCCAUGUUAAAUAUGCUACAAAAUUGUGCCUUCCUCUUCCCAAAGCUCUACAUACCUCUCCUGCCUCCUAUUCCUCGCCAGGCUGAGAGACUGUGGCAUUUUUUGGUAUGACUGCAUUGACUUUUAGAAAGUUCAUUCCUUCAGCAUUCGUACCAUGGACAUCUCAGUCCCUAAGGACAUUGUGGACAAUUGUGUUUUUGGCAGUUGCUGGUAAACUGCAUUCUGUUUAUAUAUGAUUUAUUGUUAUAAUAUUGCAUGUAUCUCUGUGAUAAGACCAAUUAAAGAACCAGGCAUUGUUGCCAGUGAUGUUUUAUCAUAAUGCUUUUGUAUGAAUUAUGAUCAUUAAGUUUUGUUAAAGUCAUUAGUAGUAAUGGAGAUGAUAGAAAUGGUGAGGUUUAGUUCUAAAAUACUGUACUACUACUGACAAGCUAAACAUUUAGAGCUUGUGGUAAUCUGCAUCUCUGUUGUACUGAUUUUGGUUUUGACUUGCAGAAAAAGGGCUUUUGACAAGUAGGACAGAUGGAAAGAUCUGUGUAAAGUAAGAAAGAAUAUGAAAAAAAGGACAUGGAUGUUUUAAGUGAGUUAAGAGUCAUUGGUAGAAAAUAUAAACGAACAGAAAUGGUGUUUGUGUCACUGUAAAGUGCUAUCAGGGAAUACCGAGAUGGAUGAGUAACAUAGAGGAGAAUAGUUCUUUAACAUUCAUAACUAUACUCAUAACCUCUGCAAUAACGUACCAAGUAUUUCAUGUUCUACUAAUGUACUAUAUGUUUGCAUGUUUUGAUGUAAACUCGGGGCAUUGUUUUUUUGUUUUUAAGAGACCAGGGUGCUGAAAUGCUCUAAUUCCAUGUAACGAUGAUAUAGAAACACUAGUCACGUCUGAAACACAAACUAUAUGUUUCAAGUCGUGAAAUGUAUUUUAACAAGAUAUUUUAAGUCUGUUAAAUGUAUACAUAUUUAUAUGCAAUCUGUGCAGGAAUUUUCACAGAUUUGAAAAAUAUUGUGUAUUCAUUUGGAGAAAAGCUCAUCCUCAUUCUUUAGUCAGUUCUUCAUAUUUGCCUUUUUUAAUGUACUCUUU